UGAAAAUAACCUUAAAAAAAGUUGUCUUGUCAGAACUCUUCAAAAUAAUAACAUUCCAACUACAUCGCUUUUGCUUCCCCUGAACUAGCGUACACCAAAGCCCCUGGCUUUGGUCCUUCGCUAGGGUUUGGGGAUUUCCCAUUUCCCAUUUCGUCAGUUCUACGUUUUCUGUGAUCACCUUUUUGCCCCUAAAAUUUCCAAUCGUCUUCUUCUCUCGGUUCUAAACUUCUCAAGUUCAGAGUAACUUAUUGGAAGUGAAACUGAAACAGAGAAAUUGAAUGCAGUUGUUUUUGAGGUGUUUCAUGUGAUCUUUGUUGUUCUGGUUCGGUUUGUUGGGGAUCUCGAGUGGGACUUUUGCUGAAGGCUGUGACUCCGUAGCAAUGCCUGAAAAUCAGGGCUCUUCUUCGUCGCUGUCCUCGUUUGGUCGUUCAUUAUUUGGUGUGAGGCAGGAGCAAGUUCAUUCCGUGGAAGCAAGUCAUGAAUCCGAUUCCUGUAAUUUAGAGCUUGGAUUAUUUCAAAAGCGUGUUACAGAUAGGUUCCAAGACCUUUCUGUGGCUAGUGAUGAGGAGUUUCUCACAAUUAGUUGGAUCCAGAAGGUCCUCGAUGCGUUUAUUCUCUGCCAAGAGGAAUUCAGAGCCAUUCUGUUGAAUAACAAAGAGCAUGUCACCAAAUCCCCGCUGGAUCGAAUGGUUUCCGAAUUCUUUGAUAGAUCAGUAAAGGCGCUUGACAUUUGUAAUGCAAGCAGAGAUGGGAUUGAGAAGAUUCGCACAUGGCAAAAACAUCUGGAAAUUGUCUUUUGUGCCUUUGGUUCAACUAAGAGAGCAUUAACUGAAGGGCAGUUCCGUAGAGCAAGAAAGGCGUUGAUGGAUUUAGCAUUGGCUAUGCUUGACGAGAAAGAAUCUGGAUCAAUCUUUUCUCAGCGUAAUAGGUCUUUUGGGCGACAUAACUCUAGCAAGGAUCAUCACUCAACAGGGCAUUCAAGAUCACAUUCGUGGAGUGUCUCCCGCUCCUGGUCUGCAUCCAAGCAACUACAGUCCAUUGCGAAUAACCUUGUUCCACCUCGUCCUACUGAGAUUGCUGCUACAAGCAGGCUUGCGAUUCCGGUUUAUACAAUGAACUGCAUUCUGCUGAUAGUUCUGUGGACCCUUGUUGCAGCUAUUCCUUGUCAGGAUAGGGGUCUAAGCAUUCAUUUUUCAGUCCCACGGCAAUUAUCCUGGAGUACUCCGGUUUCUGUACUUCAUGAACGGAUCACUGAGGAGUCAAAAAAGAGAGAGCGGCGAAACUCGAAUGGCUUGUUGAAGGAGAUACACCAGAUUGAGAGUAGCAGCCGCCGCAUGACUGACCUGAUAGAUUCAGCUCAGUUUCCAUUGGCAGAUGACCAGAAAACACAAAUUGAUUGUGAUGUGAUGGAGCUAAUGCAUGUCUGUGAAGCUUUAAGAAAUGGGUUGGACCCAUUGGAGCGCCAAGUGAGAGAGGUCUUCCGGAAGAUAAUGGCAUGUCGAACUGAGGGGCUUGAUUACCUUGGCACGUCUAGCCAUAAUGAGCAAUGAAAAUGGUGGGUUGUUGAUGAGCUAUCAGAUGUACAAAUUUGCAGAGCGUGUACAUUUUUAAACUUCUUACCAUCGUUUUUUGAGAGGAGGAAUGACUCGGCAAGACAAACAGAUAAAUCUUUUAGCUCUCUUGUAAUGCAUUGUAUUAUUCUCAGUACUUGUUUGAAAAAAAGAAUGGUCAGUUUACAAAUUGAAUAGUUUAUAGUUUCUUUGCUUUGCUAUAUAAAAUGGUGUUUUUGUUG